UAUGAUUAUCUUGGAACCCUAAGCCCCCCAUUCGAAGUUCCGAGAUGCGGCUGCAGCCCAGUAUUUCACUUCCGCCAGGGUCCAACGCGAGACUACUCUGAAUAGGUACUUUGUGCUUAGAUACAUAGACGGUACUUCCUUCUGCAACAGUGCUUUGAACUUCGAUUGUCACUCCUUACGCGACAGCAGCCACCAUGCUGCUGAGACCCGUGUCGUUUCUCGAUAUCGCCGUCUUCUUAUUUUUCCUCUUGUUCUACCUCUUGCGCGACUUGAACAUCGUCAAAAUUGUCCGCUGUGGCCUAUCUGCUCUCCCUUUUCUGAUCAUCAAGCUCCCACUCCAGCUUCUGAAGGAGAGAUGCUUCACAUCAAAGGAGUUGCAGAUGCGGUAUACUCGGCGCACCACCGUAUUCCAGGAUGUGGCUGUCAGAUGUAUCCGCUGGGCAUUUACGAAUAUUCCGAGUGAUGUCGGCAGGGUGUUCCUCAGUAAAGGCAUCGCGGUGCCGUACCUGAAGUUCCGCAUGUUGCGCUCCGGGUUUAUCCCUGGAAGAUCAUGUCCCACCUGGGUCGAAAUCAAUGAGCGCGACUUCAAGGGCCUCUGGAUAUCAUACUCUCCUGACGCACGACCGGACAUAGUAAUCUACUACAUCCACGGCGGCGGCCUAGCAAUGGGAAGCAGCCACUUUUACCUGGAAUUCCUCCUUACGUGGGUCAGCGUCCUCAAGUCUAGCGGCUUCCACAACCCCGCAAUAUUCACGCUGGAGUAUACCCUCGUGCCAGACGAAAGCUAUCCGUUCCAACUUCACGAGACGCUCGCAGGCUACAACCACGUGCUCUCGCGCAUCGAGGAUCCCAGAAGCGUCGUUGUCUCUGGGGACAGUGCCGGUGCGCUGCUGGUGCUGAGUAUGCUCCUCUACCUCGGCACCAAAGCGCGCAGCGAGAAGCCGCUGUUCGCCGCGUUGAUCUCACCAUGGACGCACCUCGUCUCGCAUAAAAACAUCAACACGGCUAGCGACUUCCUCGACUCGGAGGUGCUGAACGCCUACGGCCUUCAAUACGCCGGAUCGGAGGACCCCAGUGACCCCUUGAUCUCUCCCGGCGACUGCGAAGACACCGCGCUGUGGGCGGAAAGCAUGCCGCGGCAAGGAGUGGGGUUCUAUUACGGCUCCGAAGAGGUGUUUGUCCCGGGCAUCAAGGGCCUGAGUAAGCGUCUGGCGGGCGUUGGGAGGGUGCUGAGUAGACAGGACGAGGCGGUACAUGCGUGGCCGAUUGCGGCGAUGUUUCUGGAGACGGAGGAGGCCGCGAGGAGGAAGGGGCUGCUGGAGAUUUCGGCUGAUAUCGUGGAGGCUGUGCGUCGCGAGCGAUAGAUGGACGCCAGUGGGUAAACUCGUGGGAUUGAGAGGAGGCGAUGGUCAUUUCGUUGGAUUGCAGUGUCGAAAAGGGGCAGAUCAACUGUUAGAUAUACUGAUGUAUACGCGUACAAAACUGUUCAUAUAUG